AGGAGCUGGGAGGACUAAUCAUUUCCCAUGUUCCACUUCCGCACCGAAGAUCCAAGAUGGCGACGCCCAUGCACAGAUUAAUUGCACGCAGGCAGGCAGAAGCUAACAAACAACAUGUUCGAUGUCAGAAGUGUUUGGAAUUUGGUCACUGGACAUAUGAAUGCACAGGGAAGCGAAAAUACCUCCACAGGCCGUCGAGGACCACGGAAAUGAAGAAAAAGCUGAAAGAGAAUGAAAAAACACUGGCCAUCAUACCAAGAUCAGGCACAGAGGGCUCUUGUGAAAAGAAGGUAAAGAAGAAAAGGUCAAAAGAAUCGAGUAGCUCGAGCAGCAGUGAUUCAAGCAGUUCAUCCAGUGAAUCCUCAUCCGAUAGCGACUCGUCCUCCAGCUCGUCCUCGGACAGCGACAGCAGCAGCGACAGUGAGGACAGCUCCAGUUCGUCCACGUCCAGCAGUUCUGCUUCCGAUUCCGAUUCCUCCAGCAGCACCAGCAGCUCUGAUCAGGAGCCUCCUAAGAAGAGGAAGAAGAAGAAAUAAGACCUGAAGCGGCACAGUUCUGUAAUAAGGAUUCCAGGUUUUCUGCUUCUGUAACUCGGCAGUUGUGCUGAGCAGGCAUUUCCUUGUAUAUACAGUGCGGUAUAGUGCAGUUCAUGUCAUGUGCCUCUUGGUGUCACUCAGUCUGAAAUGCAUCUUGGGAGAGCCAUAUGGUUAUCUUCAGAACUUCUGAAGGUUGUUUGGUUUGCUGGGACUACAUGAUCUUUCUGGUUCUCUUCUCAAGGACUAUUUGCUUUUCCAAGUGAAAGAUGGGUUGCAGAUUUAAAGGGUUUUCCCACCAGCUGGAUGAAUUACAGUUAAGUCUUAAUAUUGUGUAUUUUUUCAUGUUUCAGCUGCUACAACAAAAAACCCUUUUUAAUCUUUUUAAUUUACAUAUUAAAAUUAAGGAUUGGUAAAUUUCCAUAAAAGCUUGUAGUUUAUACAAGGAGUGGAAUUAUGAUAUACCAUGCUAUAUUAUUUCAACAGUAUCAUCAUGCAAAGUGUUGUAAUGAACAUUGGUAAAAGGUUAACAAGCAGUUUUUGUUUUAUUUUACUUUGUUCAUUAUUACACACGUAAAAGAACAGUCACAGGUAAUAUAUUUUUAUUGUAGUUUUUCAUUUUUAUUAUCCAUUGGAUCAGUGCAACUUGCAUAGCAGUCAUAAAAAAUAGAGGUUUUGUAGAUUAUAAUGUGAAAACCAAUGGGUGCUAGAGGCCAUUGAAACACAUUCAGUGGGGGUGUAGUGCAUCUAAGACCUUUGCUAGUAUUCAUGCUGCACGAGGAGCCUUAAAUUUGCUGGGUUCGUUCAAGCAGGGUCCAUUACCCUGCUAUUUUGUAUAAAGUGUAGGUUCUAUAAAAUGAAAGAUUAUCAUUUUUUAUUGUAAAAUAAAAUGUGCUAAGUUUGCCGCUG